ACUUGUCCGCGGAUGGCCGCCGCCGAGGGGGAUUCAUAGAUUGUCGUCGUUGUCGUCUUCGCAGGCGAGCUUGAUCGUCGACAUGUACGCUGUGCACUCAGGUCGUCACUCGCAGCAGCGCUGUUGUGCGGCCCGCCACACGUGGACUCUUCUGCACUUGGCGACGCCCACGUCGACAGUACGAGUUUCGGCGAUGGCCAUGAACGGGGGGCCGGGACGUGACACAUUGAGCAAGGCGGAGAGGACGGCGGUGGCAGCGGUCGUGAACGCCAUCCUCUUCUGGUGUCAAUUGCAGUGGGGCGAGGGGAGGAUGAAAGCGGCCAUUCGCGCACGGCGGAAGAGGAUGCUGCAGUCCACGAAUGUGGAGGGGGAGUACAGUGGUGGCAUUUGUGAUGCCGUGUUGCAGGUGUGCUACGCCAUGGGGUGUGGAGCAUUCCCCAGAGCGACGCCCAGGUGGUGGAUGAAGCGACAGACAGGCGGGACGUGGGAAGAUCUUCGGCAAUGCGACGACGCGACGACGGACUACUUCAAGGACAAGCAGCGGCAGCCUCCAAAAGACGUCGGUCAUGAAACGCACGUGGACGACGCCAACAGCUAGAAGACAACCGUGGACUUCCAGGAAACGGCGAGGGUCAGCGGCGCAAACGGCCGAUCGCAGCUACCAACAAAAGCAGGGUAACGAA